AUGGCACAUCCAAGAAUAGAAGAUGUGUCCGACAGCGACCCGGACAUGGUCUCAGACCCCGAAGACUUCGACAUCGACGACUUUGACGACACCAACAUCAUGCAACGAGUCGAGCCCAAAGCCGCCUCCGCCGCCGCCCCUCCUCCCUCCUCCUCCUCCUCCUCCGCCGCCGCUGCCACCGCCGCGCAGCAGGCCAUGCAGCAGAUGAUGCUCAACUCCAACAACAUGCGCGCCGUCACCGCCGACGAGCGCGCCUCCUACGCCGGCUACCAGAGCCUGUACCCCGUCUACUUUGACGCCGAGCGCAGCCGCGCCCAGGGCCGGCGCGUCGCCGCCGCCCUCGCCGUCCGCAGCCCGCUCGCCCGCGACAUCGCCGACGCCUGCUCCCGCCUGCGCCUGCAGGCCGUCCUCGAGCCCGACAAGACGCACCCGAAAGACUGGGCCAACCCGGGCCGCGUCAAGGUCGCCCUCAAGCCCAACGCGGGAAACGACAGGAUCGCGAACAAGCACCACCUCUACCUGCUGGUCGCGCAGCACCUCCGCGAGAACCCGACGACGGAGCGCUCGGCGGGCUUGCGCGUGAGGAUGGGCGGGCAGAUCCACCCGCCCGAGGACAAGCCCUAUCCAAAGCCGGCGGCACCGAGGGGGUGGAGGAUCAACGAGUACCUGCCGUACAUGAGCGCGGCGAUGACGGGAGGUGGCGUCUCGGAGAACCUGUUCAAGGACAUCAUGAAGGAGAUGCAGGGCGGCGGCGACCCGAUGGCCGCGCUCAUGGCGGGCGCCGGCCAGGCCGGCGGCCCCAGCGCAAGCGCCUCGGACGACGGCGGGAAGAAGAAAAAGGACAAGAAGAAGGGCAGGGCGUGA